AUGAUUGAAUGUGAUCUAAUUUUUAAUUCACAUUCGUCGUGUGAAGCUUCACGGAGGUACCAGGCGGCGCAAUGGCUGCGGCAGAUGGACCAUGGCGCGUGGGAGGUCCUUCCCAAAGAGCCCACGGAGGAGCAAUUCCGUCUUGCCCUCCGCAACGGACUCAUCCUCUGCAACGUCCUCAACAGAGUCAAUCCCGGCGCCGUUCACAAGGUGGUGGAGAACCCAGUGGUGGAUGUGCAGGCUACAGAAGGCGCUGCCCAGUCUGCUAUUCAGUACUUUGAGAAUAUGAGGAAUUUUCUUGUAGCUGUGGGCAACAUGAAGCUCCUCACAUUUGAAGCCUCUGAUGUUGAAAAGGGAGGCUCAUCGGGAAAAGUCGUGGAAUGUAUUUUGUGUUUGAAAGGAUACUAUGAAUGGAAGCAAUCUGGAGGUCGUGGAGUCUGGAGGUAUGGUGGAACAGUGAGAAUCACAUCCUCAGUAAAAGAUUCUCCACCCUCUCUAGUGAGCAGUGAGAGUGUAGAUGAAUCUGUAGAUGAUUCUGAAUCAUCACAAUACGACCAACUAAUGGAAUUCCCCCACUUAUCUGCUGACUCCCUCGAGGAAUCAAGUGCAGCCAAUGUACUCACUUUCAUGUUCGAUUAUUUUAGUCUUGGCCUUUUGCAAUCCUACAUGACCGAAACCAAUAGAUUUGAUGAGAUGCCCAUAAACUCAACGGUCAUUGAUACAGUGCUGAAGAAGGUAGCUAAAGAUUUUUCAGAAUUGUUGGUUUCUCAAGGCCGUCAGCUUGGCUUGUUUCUGAAUCAAGUUCUGGACAAUGGCUGCAGUCCUCAAUCCAAAUCACAGUUUGACGAAGCCAUAUUACAGUAUCUGAGCAAAAGGACGAGUUUAGUAUCACAGGAUAUUGCAAAAUUCUGCAUUUGUGGAGGAGAAGGAGGUAGAACUUGGAAUAGGCAUAACUUCUCUCGUGUUGGUAUAGAACUACUUGAUCUUCAACACCGACAACUAGAGGAUUUAAAAGCUCUUUUUAAUGAGACAAAGGAAGAACUCAACCGUGCUCGGUUAGGAUGGGGAAACGAACUUCACUCCCUUGGACAUCAUGUUAAGGGUCUAGAAGUGGCUGCUUCGUCGUAUCACAAAGUUUUGGAAGAAAACCGUAUUCUCUAUAAUCAAGUUCAAGAUCUAAAAGGGACCAUCCGAGUUUACUGUAGAGUAAGACCGUUCCUCCCAGAUCAAUCUAAUGGACAUUCUACAGUUGAUUAUAUUGGGGAAAACGGAAAUAUCAUGAUUGUGAAUCCCCUAAAGCCCAGCAAAGAAGCAAGAAGGGUUUUCUCAUUCAAUAAGGUGUUUGGGACAAAUGUGACACAACAGGAUAUAUAUGCUGACACUCAACAACUGAUCAGAUCUGUUUUAGAUGGCUAUAAUGUUUGCAUCUUUGCGUAUGGUCAAACUGGCUCCGGGAAGACGUAUACCAUGAGCGGUCCAGAUUUGACAACAGAGGAGACAUGGGGAGUAAAUUAUCGAGCGUUACGUGACCUGUUCCACAUUUCUAAGGCCAGAAUGGACGCUAUAGAAUAUGAAGUUGGUGUUCAAAUGAUUGAGAUAUACAACGAACAAGUUAGAGAUUUACUGCUUAAUGGACUUAAUGUUCCAGAUGCUAGUUUGGUUCCUGUUAAAUGCGCUCAAGAUGUUCUUGAUUUGAUGAAAAUCGGACAAAAGAACCGUGCUGUGGGUGCUACGGCUUUGAACGUUCGGAGCAGCAGAUCUCAUAGUAUUUUGACAGUUCAUGUUCGGGGAAAAGAUCUGGUGUCAGGUUCAAUAUUAAAGGGUUGCCUUCAUUUAGUUGAUCUAGCUGGGAGUGAAAGAGUGGAUAAAUCUGAAGCUGUUGGUGAGAGACUAAAGGAAGCCCAGCAUAUUAAUAAGUCGCUCUCUGCACUUGGUGAUGUUAUUGCUGCACUUGCACAAAAGAGUUCUCAUAUACCUUACAGAAAUAGCAAGCUCACUCAAGUGUUGCAAGAUUCUUUAGCAGGAGGGCAUGCUAAGACGUUGAUGUUUGUUCAUAUAAACCCGGAUGUUAAUGCUCUAGGGGAGACAAUCAGUACCCUGAAAUUUGCCGAAAGAGUUGCCACGAUAGAUCUUGGGGCCGCCCAAUCUAAUAAAGAGACUAAUGAGAUAAAAGACUUUAAAGAAGAGAUCUCAAACUUGAAGCUAUUACUGGAAAAGAAGGAAGUUGAAUUGGAACAGCUAAAAAGUCGCACAAAUAAUCGAGGAGCAGUAUCUCCACUACGGCUAUCUAAAUUUACCAGCAAUGCCAGUUUGAAGCCUGAGUUCAAUCAGCAACAUCUUGGUACUCAAAUUGUGGAGGCGAGAAGCUGUUCCUCUGGCAAACAGAGGCGAUCUCGAUUUCCCUCAAAAUUCACGGACAAAGAUGUCAUACCAAAAAUGCCCCUCCAACCAGAAGACAAAUCAGCAAGCUCCAUAAUGCCUAGAUUUUCAUCUCCCCCAAUCCGGAGAUCAAUAUCAACCGAUAGAGCCGCUACUGUUAAACCUCGAAUAAAGCCCGAUGUUCUCGAGAAUCCGCCAGCCUUGAAAGCUCCAUUUCCUGCUAGCCUCUCGGUAAAUAAACCUGUUGUUAUUGCUAGUGUGCCUCUAGUUGUACCCAUAGCAGUAAAUUUGCGCCCCCCUUAUGAAGGGUCAAAAGAACAACCUUUCACAGAUACCCUUGAAGGAUCCCAGAGGGUCACACUAGGAAAAGCUCAGCCCAAAAGUGAAGAACACAUUAAACAAGCGAUGAAUGUACGGCAUGGUGGCAUCAGGAAAACUAGACAGGAGGGCAAGGUCAAGAUCAAUGCCAAGCAGCAUAUAUCGGCUAAAGCCCAGAAAUCUACUUCUCCUGAAAUACCCCUGCUUUCUGAUGUUUGCGCGGAAAAAUUGCUGGAUGAGACUCAGAAAUAUGAUUUUUCGGGUUUGGAAAGCGGGCCUGGGAAUUUUCAGUUGCCAGCCACUAGGAUGAAGAAGGCUCACAGAAACUUCUCCAGUAACUCCCAAAAUGUAGAACCAAGAGAAGUAAUUCAGCCCGUGGAUCCCUUGUUGGCGGCAUACCAAGACUACAAAACUUCAAAUACAGUAACUCAGAAUGGGAAGGAUAUAGGACGUCCGGCUGUUCCUGAAUGUCGAAGGAGUAGAUCUACUCCUAGAGGAAAAUUUAUGAUGUGA